GUAAUACCCACUAGCGUGGCCCCUUGUGGCUUGUGGAAGCGAAAAUCGGCUGCAAUGGCCUACUCUUCAUGGUUUUCGCGUCUCCGUUCUUCCUCAAGAACCAUUUACGCUAAUUUCAGAAACCCACGCUUCAAAACCAAUCACACCAACCCAAUCAACACCACCGAUGUUGUCACCUCAACUAAGCCAAUUUUAUCAUGGUCAAGCUCCCUGCUUCCCCUGGCCCUUGCUGUCUCUGCUGGCUCACUUGCCAUUCACGUCCAAACCAACCCAUCUCUCUGUGAUUCUUUUGAUGUCGAUGCUCGAGGUGUCAGUGUUGGGGGCAAAGGUAGCACUGAGUUUGUGGUGAAGGGCUCUCACAAGGAUAUACCAAGGGAGCUUCUUGAUGAAUUGAAGGCUAUCUGUCAAGAUAACAUGACGAUGGAUUAUGAAGAGAGGUAUAUUCAUGGAAAACCGCAGAACAGCUUUCACAAAGCAGUAAAUAUCCCUGAUGUUGUUGUUUUUCCAAGGUCUGAAGAGGAAGUUUCCAAGAUAGUCAAAUCUUGUGACAUGCAUAAGGUUCCUAUUGUACCAUAUGGUGGAGCUACAUCAAUUGAGGGUCACACCUUAUCUCCUCAUGGAGGUGUUUGCAUUGACAUGACAUUGAUGAAAAGUGUUAAAGCAUUACAUGUUGAGGACAUGGAUGUGGUUGUUGAGCCUGGAAUUGGGUGGCUGGAGCUUAAUGAAUACCUGGAGCCUUAUGGUCUAUUUUUCCCACUUGAUCCUGGGCCAGGUGCAACCAUUGGGGGUAUGUGUGCUACACGUUGCUCUGGUUCUUUAGCCGUGAGGUAUGGAACUAUGCGUGAUAAUGUCAUCAACCUCAAGGUAGUUCUAGCCAAUGGAGAUGUAGUCAAGACAGGAUCUCGUGCUCGAAAGAGUGCUGCGGGGUAUGAUUUGACCCGCUUGGUGAUUGGAAGCGAAGGAACCUUGGGUGUAAUAACUGAAGUUACCCUAAGGCUUCAGAAAAUUCCACAGUAUUCAGUGGUUGCAAUGUGUAAUUUCCCUACGAUUAAGGAUGCAGCAGAUGUUGCUAUUGCCACUAUGUUAUCUGGAAUUCAGGUCUCAAGGGUAGAGUUACUGGAUGAAGUUCAAGUGAAAGCUAUCAAUAUUGCUAAUGGGAAGAACUUGCCUGAAGCUCCCACAUUGAUGUUUGAAUUUAUAGGCACAGAAGCAUAUUCACGCGAGCAAGCACUAAUCGUUCAGAGAAUUGCUUCUGAGCACAAUAGCUCAGAUUUUGUUUUUACGGAAGAUCCUCAAGCUAAAAAGGAACUUUGGAAGAUUAGGAAGGAGGCACUCUGGGCAUGCUUUGCAAUGGAACCUAGUUUUGAAGCAAUGAUUUCGGAUGUUUGUGUUCCUCUAUCCCACCUUGCGGAAUUGAUUUCGAAGUCCAAGCAACAGUUGGAUGCAUCCUCCUUGAUUUGCCCCGUAGUUGCUCAUGCUGGUGAUGGGAACUUCCACACAAUAAUUCUAUUUGAUCCCAUCAAUGACGAACAUCGGCGGGAAGCAGAGAGACUAAAUCAUUUCAUGGUCCGUACUGCCUUGAAGAUGGAAGGGACAUGUACUGGAGAACAUGGUGUUGGCACAGGGAAAAUGAAGUACCUUGAAGAAGAACUUGGAAUUGAGGCUUUGCAGACGAUGAAAAGAAUAAAAACAGUUUUGGAUCCCAACAAUAUCAUGAACCCAGGAAAGCUCAUCCCUCCUCAUGUUUGCUUUUAAGAGCUCUCUCUCUGCACACCCAAUGCGGGUUUCGAAAUGUAGUUGCAGAAUAAUCGAAAAUCUGGACUGUGCCGAGUUGAGAGAUGAGCAAGACUGGUAGUUUCAAUUUCAUUCCCAAAUGCAUGAAGCAACAACAGAGGCCUGGACUUUCUCUAAUUUGGCAAUCUCUGAUAAGGAUAUUGAUUUUGAGGAGUUUAGUUGCGUUCAUGGUUGAUAACUGAGAAUUCUUUAGUAUUUACUGAAGUAAUAAUAUUGUGGGAUAUUUCUGCAUAUUAUUGACUGUAAGAAUGCAGCUUCAUAUGAAUAA